CUUCCGGUGCCGGCGUUGACGUCUAAAAUUUUCUAAAAUUUCCAAACUUCAUUUUAUUCUAGUAAAAAAAACAACUAUGCAUCCUGCAAUCCCUAUCUCACUAGUAUUCCUUGGUUGUUGCAGUAAUGUGGUAUUCCUAGAAUAUUUAAUAAGUGAUCUUCCUACCUGUGGAAAUCUGAUAACAUUUAUGCAGUUUGCCUUCAUUGCAGUGGAAGGUUUAAUAUUUACAGCAAAAUUUGGAACGAUAAAACAAAAAAUUCCUUUACGCAUCUACACAGUAAUGGUGGCAUUCUUCUUUGUCGUACAAGUUGCCAAUAAUUAUUCCUUGUCAUUCAAUGUCUCUCUGCCUUUACAGAUGAUAUUUAGAGCAGGAUCCUUGAUAGCUAAUUUAACAUUAGGAAUGAUUAUCAUGAAGAAAAGAUAUACUACAGGGAAGUAUAUCUCUGUUGUGUUGAUUACAGCUGGGAUAAUCCUAUGUACUAUAGCAUCAGCCCAACAAGUAGAAGACAACAAAGCCACAUCAACAGGAGACCUAAUAUAUGAUUUAGCAAUAUGGUUUACAGGUAUAUUCAUAUUGACGGCUGCUUUGUUUAUGACAGCUGGCAUGGGUAUCUACCAAGAAGGGAUCUACAAACAGUAUGGUAAACAUCCAAAAGAAAGUCUCUUUUUCAAUCAUGCUCUACCUCUACCAGGUUUUCUGUUAUUAGCAACAGAUAUUUACAGCCAUAUACAGAAAUUUAAUAAUUCAGCACCUUUGGACUUAGCUUUAGGAAUAAGUUUACCAAGAUUGUGGUUUUUCCUCAUUUUCAAUGUUAUUACACAAUACAUAUGUAUAAGAAGUGUAUUCAUCCUAACCACAGAGUGUUCAUCGUUAACUGUAACAUUAGUAGUUACACUCAGGAAAUUUGUUAGUCUUAUAUUUUCUAUUUGGUAUUUCCAGAAUCCAUUUACACCAACUCAUUGGUGUGGUACCUUGUUAGUAUUUAUAGGAACCCUCAUCUUCACAGAAGUACUGCCACUGGAUAACCUACUACCACAGAAGAAGACGAAAAAAGAAGAUUAAUUUAUUACUGUUUUAAGAUACUGCUUUCAUUUAGUAUCCAUUCUAUCAACUAGCUUCUGAAUUUUAUUUAUUUAAAUUUCAAGCAUAUUUUUACUGAGAAUUAACAUAUUAAUGUCAUUAUUUAUUAUUUUUCACAAAUUCUAUUCAGAAAUUUUUUUUCAGAACUAAUGCAUUAUUUAUUAUCAAAUUAUUGCAGUUCUUAAGUGUAAUGGCAUUCCAUCAAAAAGUGAA